AUGAGGGCGAUUGCAGUCUACGAUUGUGUGGGUGAUGAUCCAACAGAGCUUACUUUCUCUAGUGGACAGACAAUCAUAGAUGUUUCCGAAGCUGAAGACCAAGGAUGGUACAAAGGAAGAGUGGAAGGCACAUCUGUAUUCGGUGUCUUCCCAGGGAACUACGUCCGAUUUGAGGAAGAUCCAGUUGAACAACACGUGAAUAUACCGGCUCGUGGAGCGACUAGAGUGCAAGGAGUGGAAGGACUGCCUGGACCGAAUCUUCUCUCUGCUAAACUGCAGCCUGUCGAUGCUGCUCGACCUAUGUCGAGCCUGAUUGUUAAGGGUCCAGCAGCAGGUCCAACGCUUCCUGGAGCCUAUAAUCUGACGAAAGAACCGAUAAAAUCUGAAAUACCGGACUGGACACGAAACGCUUUUGCUCCUCGCAAACCCAAAAUCGAUGCAAUGGCUACUAGACAAGCUCUUAUGGAAAAGUCAACUACAUUAGCAGUUAUGGCUCGUGAAAAGACUGCAGCUUCACGAGCCCCAUCAAACGUUGGAACAGUAAAUAGUAUAGCUGCCAGUUUUGGUGGUACGACAGGAGCUGCUGCUCAGCCUUCAAGAUCAUUUAGUGGGUCUAGUAGCAGUUCUACAUCAUCGGUAGCCACCAACGUUGCCAAAUUUGGAGUUGUAGGAGGCCCAACAUUGUCUCAUUCAACUUCAGCCUCGUCAUUGACGAGUAGAUCAGUGUCUGCGGGCGGUAGUCCAGCAUUACCACGUAGGCCACCAAUGCUACAAUCCAACUUGUUGGCUCAACCUCCUAGUACACCUCCAAGAAAUGUGGUUGCAGAACCAGAGCCUGAAUCGGGUGUUAUAGAAACGUCAGGACCUAAAUCUGUUGCUGCAGCUGCUAAAGCCUUUGAAGCAGCUGCUAAUGCCAACAGCAGUUAUAAUAGUGUUAAUAGUAGUGUCAUUUUUGGAGGAAUGCCAUUGAAGAAGACAACCUUUUCUUCAGUCAGUGCUCCAGCAGCUCUAUCAACCAGCAACAUCAGUAGUAAAUCCAAAUCAAUCACAUCGCCAUCCAGUGCUACAUUUACAGUCGUAUCAUCAUCUGCCACACAAUCAUUCAAUAAUAGCAACAGCAGUAACAACAGCGACACACAUAAUAACAGCAACACCACUUCUACAUCAACUCCUGCACCCAAUCAUCAACCAGUCAAGAAGGAAAAGCCAGCACCACCUCCUUCAAGGCCUGUAAAACCAGCCGAACUCAAGAGUGGAGUACGCCAAUCAACAGUAGCAGCAGGGAACACAACAUCGAACAGUGCAGACGACAUUCCAGACGAUGCCAAAACAAGAUAUGAGGAUGUGUUUCAACGAUAUGAUGCUAAUAAUGAAGCCAUUCUCAGUGGUGAUGAAGUACGGACAAUCUGGAUGCGUUCUGGCCUCGACCCUCCAACACUUGGACAGAUAUGGGUAUUAGCUGACGUGGAUGAAGACGGAGCGUUGACAAAAGAAGAAUUCUGCAUUGGAAUGUUUCUCAUUGAUGAAAGACUAAGAGGUGUGGAAAUACCAGACAGGUUGCCGGAAAAUCUCAUAAAGUAUGCCAUGCACGGUUAA